UCGUCGUCGUCGUCGUCUUCCUCUCCCCCCGUCUCUCUCCGUCUCUCCUUCUCCGACGAGGCUCUGCGGCUGCUGCAAGGAGGCGACUCGGCUCUCUUUCGCCCGGCUCGGAUGGCGCAGAUACCGCACCUCGACAAUGCUCCCGUCAACCUCCCGUCGAUCAGGGAUCAGUCGCAGAAGGAGCUCAUAACCAUCCUGAAAAACAUCCGGGGGAGGAAGUGUCUGGUCGUCGAUCAGAAGCUCAGUGGCUCGCUAUCUCUAAUCAUCCAAACUUCGCUUCUCAAGGAACAUGGCGUGGAGUUGAGGCAUCUUUCUGCGGAACCAAUUCAAACCGAAUCUACCAAAGUUGUUUACCUCGUCCGGGCUCAACUUGAUCUCAUGAAAUUUAUAUGCUCGCACAUUCACGGCGAUCAAUCCAAGGGGUUUCAGAGGGAGUACUAUGUUUAUUUCGUUCCUCGCCGGGCUGUGGCUUGUGAGAAGAUUUUUGAGGAGGAAAAAGUUCAUCAGUUGUUGACCAUAGGGGACUACCCACUAUACCUCAUUCCCAUGGACGAGGAUGUCCUAUCAUUCGAACUGGACCUUGCUUAUAAAGAGAGCCUAGUCGAUGGUGAUACAAGUUCGCUCUGGCAUAUUGCCAAAGCCAUUCACAAGCUUGAGUUUGCUUUCGGGGUGAUACCAAAUGUCAGAGCUAAGGGCAGAGGCUCAGUACGAGUUGCAGACAUACUUAAUCGGAUGCAAGCAGAGGAACCAGUCAGUUCGUCUGAUAUUGUGGUGCCAGAGAUAAACACUCUUAUUCUUCUUGAUAGGGAGGUUGACAUGGUUACUCCUAUGUGUUCUCAGUUAACCUAUGAAGGGCUCUUGGAUGAGUUUUUACAUGUGAACAAUGGUUCAGUGGAGCUUGAUGCAUCUAUCAUGGGUGCUCAACAAGAAGGCAAAAAAAUGAAAGUUCCACUCAAUUCUAGUGACAAGCUUUUCAAGGAGAUACGAGAUCUCAACUUUGAAGUUGUUGUCCAGGUUUUACGUCAAAAAGCAACAUCAAUGAAGCAAGAUUAUACGGAGAUGACAACAACUAGUCAGACAGUUUCGGAGUUGAAGGAUUUUGUAAAGAAGCUGAAUUCACUACCUGAAAUGACUAGGCACAUAAAUCUUGCUCAGCAUUUAUCAACUUUCACAUCUAAGCCAUCGUUUCUUGCACGACUUGACAUGGAACACACACUGGUCGAGGCUCAGAGUUAUGACAUUUGUUUUGAGUACAUUGAAGAAAUGAUCCAUAAGCAGGAACCUUUUGUCAAUGUCCUACGAAUGCUCAUACUGUUCUCUAUUACAAAUGCGGGGCUGCCUAAGAAGCAUUUUGAUUAUUUAAGGAGGGAGCUACUUCAUAGCUAUGGUUUUGAGCACAUGGCUACACUGAACAAUUUGGAAAAAGCUGGACUGCUGAAAAAGCAGGAGUCAAAGAGCAAUUGGCUGACAAUAAAACGUGCUCUGCAGCUUGUAGUUGAUGAUACUGACACAGCCAAUCCUAAUGAUAUUGCCUAUGUAUUUUCUGGAUAUGCGCCACUUAGCAUUCGACUUGUUCAGAAUGCCAUUCGAUCUGGUUGGCGUCCCAUUGAAGAGAUCUUGAGAAUGCUACCAGGACCCCAUUCAGAAUUGAAGAGAAGUAGGUUUGCAAGCAGUCAAUCAAAUGAUUCGUUGCAAGAUGCUUCGGUUGACAAAGUGACUGGAGGAAGACGCUCCCUGGUACUUGUCGUUUUCGUGGGAGGGGUAACAUUCGCGGAGAUUUCUGCUCUACGAUUCCUCAGUUCUCAGGAGGGGAUGGCAUAUGAUAUAAUCGUGGGCACUACAAAAGUAAUCAGCGGUCAAACCCUGACUGAAACAUUUGUCCAGAGCAUGGGUUGACCGGUGAUUCCUUUCCCCGCUGAUGUCCAGUCAUACUCUUGUGUAGAGUUUUGCAAUUUUUGUGUUGUGCAGAUGACGUGAGAUUUCUUGAUUGACCGGUUUUCGAGAUCACGUUGUAAUUUAUCUUUCUUCUGGGCACUCAGUUUUCAUCUGAUCAUGUGAGGAAGAAAAGAACGUUAACCUUCUCUUCAGAGAAACUGGAUUGCUAAAAUCGUCAUGCUAAUAUGAGUGGAGGUGAGAGGGCUCAGGCGCAGAAACAAUAGGGUGCUACUCUGAUCUUUGAAUGUGAUUCAAUCACCAUUUGUGAGAC